AAACAAGACAGUACAAAAGGAUCCCAAAACGCUAAACUUGUUAUUCAAGAAUUGAAGCAAGACAUCGCAUACCGAGAGAUUGAGAAGCUCCAUAAACCCCAAAAAAAAUGGAAUUUAUAUCUGAAGAUGGCAAAACCUUAGACCAACAAUGUUCAACCCUUGUUCUGCCCGCGUUGUCAAUUGGGAAUGUGGGCCAGUUGGGUGUGGAUUUGUUAAUAAGCUCCACAAGAGCCCAGAGAAUCGGGUAUUUGGAUGACCCGAAUGUGCUUCCUUGCGUUGGGAAUGAUGCUUAUACCCCUUCACUCAAACCCCAACUUGCUCUUUCUCUUGAAGCUUAUGAUUCGUCUUCUAAUUCACUCACUUUUGUCCAGCAAAGGUCUCCUGUUGUUAAGGGAAUGAUGCUUGAAUAUGCAAAGAAUCUUGCUGAUUUUGCUGCUGCUAACGGAAAGAAACAUGUGGUUGUGCUCUCGAGCUUAGACUUUGGGCGGUGGCAAACGAUUGAUAUGUCAAGUGGUUUGCAGAUAUACUACCUCUCUAGUGCCAAUAUGGAUGGAACAGAUGAUGAUUGUGAGAGACUUGGGUGGAAAAGACUCCAAGAAUAUAAUCCUGCUCAGAGGAGGUGGAAAUAUCUAGACGAUUUAGCCGAAGGAAAGAUGGUGCAGGAAGACACUUCGACGUUUGAAGAUGACAUGCAAGAUGAAGAUUACCUUCCAAGUUUGCCUUUUGCUGCAAUGUUUUCUUGUUUUAAGGCUAAAGGUUUGAAGGUCACUUGCUUACUAUGCUAUUGUUCAGAAGGGGACAACAUGCCUGAUUCUUUUCAGUUGGCUGAAGCAGCAAGUAAAUUAGUGGGAUUGAGGGAUACUGAUAUUCAAGCAUUGACAGGCAAUGAAGGUGGUAAAUGGACGAUUCCUUUUUCAUGGCAAAGUGUCUAUGGACCUCCUGCAGAUAUGUCUAUCUUCUAGACUGAUCAGGUAGAUGAAUACAUGGGUUGCAGCUGCUAUGGAAAAUGGUAGUAUUCAAAAGGAUGAAAUAUGCACGGAUAUCUCAUGGGAUAUGAUGAUCAUGGAAACUGAUCUUUGUAUUCCAGUUUUGUUUUGAAAGAUGAUUGCUUGGAUUGUAAUCAUAUUUAUGUUAAACUUACCGAGUACUAACAUUAACAUAUUUGAUCAAAGGAACUAAAGUUUGCCUAA